GUAGUUUAAUUGCAGAACUAUAUGGCCUCUGUGGGCGUUUUCGAUUGUGAUCCACCCACUACUGCAGAUAUUUUUAAAGUCGGUGAAAGUGAAAGUGAGCGAUAAUGGUGCAGCAGGAGAAGGAUGUCUCGCAGCGAAGGUGGUCUUCACUGGUCUGAGUUUACUUGGUGAACAUGUUUUAAGUCUCCACAUAGCUGUCAGAUGGAUCCCGGUUCACUCUCACUCCGCGUUAUCAUGGUCUGUCUGCUCGGAGCUGCCCGCUGCUCCAACGGCGGUGAUAUCACUUGUCCAUGUCGAGAAAUUUCUCCACUGCCUCUCACUGAACCUCCACCACAGGACUGUCUUCACAGCCGUUUUCGCUACACCUGUUUAGACGGUUACUUGAGGAAAGUGGGAACCUCAAACCUCAUCAAAUGCACGCAACAGAAGAUCGGUGGUCCAAAGUGGUCCACCCCCACCCUCGUCUGUAUAGCUGACCCAAAGAGAACCACAACACCAACACCGGAGAGAACAGUAGCAAAGGGUCCCACUGAUAUUCCCCCAGACAUCAGCACUUCCACGACGAUUACUUCCAGCAUCCCAAACACGAUCAAGAGUGCAAGCACCUCAGCGUCAGAGGCCACGGAAACAAACAGUGCAACGUCAGCCUCACCAGGUGUGCAGUCAGAGCACUCACAAGUAAACUUCAAGGAGACCAAAGCAACAGCCUGGACAACAUCAACCUCAACCUCAACCUCAACCUCAACCACCCCCACCACCACCACCACCACUGAGCCUUUCAAUGACACGACACAUAAAGCUGAUGUCCACACUAGCCCCAGACUUGGCCCAACAAUUCCAGCGGUGAUCAUUUGCUUUUCAUUGCUGAUCGUCUGCGCUUUAAUUGGACUCAGAUACAUAUGUUAUAGAAGGAGAUCAAGAAACAACAACCCACCAGCGACAGAAGAAGAAAAGGUUGCCAUGAGUCCUGUGUCACUGGAAUGAUAGAGUUUGUGUUCUAUGAUUUUGUCUUGCACGGAGAAUGAAAUGUCUCCAUGCUGUGAAGAAUUAAUUAUUACCUCCGUGUGUGUUGCCUCCAUCUGACAACCCAUUUGAGGGUCUGUGGACAUUAGCCCAAAUUACAGAAGCUGACUUCAUAGGACAAAUUCCCAAGAAGCUGAGCUUAUGACCUUUCUCCAAAUAGUUCUCAGGACAUUUGCAGCCGUAUAUUUGAACUGCACAUAAGGGACUUUGAAGACCUGUGACCAAUCACCUGGUGCUACAACAGACAGUGCUUUUUUUUCUACUUUUCUUGGAUAAGUCUGGUGAUAUUCCGUGUUCUUUUUACACUCAUCAAUCUCCAUGAACUGGAUCACGUGAUUGUCCCCAUGCAUGAGUUCCACAGACAGCGAAAGCAAGGAGCUGACUGUUGAUUUCAGAAAAAAGGAGGCAAAGACACACACGCCCGUCCACAUCAGUGGAGCUGAGGGGGAGCGGGUGAACGGUGAAAACUGCCCAGAGCAUCAUCGGCACCCAUCAGCUGACCCUGAAGGAUAGUGAAUGACAAAACUAAGCCACAGCCAGUUCACCCUGCUGUCAAGCAGCAGUUUCUCUCCUCAGACUAUGAGACUGUGGGGAGUUCAUCCACCACCACCACCACCAUAACAGUUUUAUUUUUAUGGCUUGACUAUUUAUUCAUGUUUGUGUGUGUGUGUGUCUGCUUGUGAGUAUCAUAAAGAGCCUGUAUCUGUAACCUUGUUAUGUGUGUGUAAAACAGUAAUUAAAGUGAAUCUUGAAGUAACAGCAA